AUGCACAGAUGGAGUAAAAUCAACUUGACCAGUGCGAGGAGACCAGAGCUGUCAGAGGACGAGACGACUCUUUUCGUCCAAAUCCAUGUCGGUCUCUACGAUGGAAAGUACAAAUCGGCUGAUCAUCAGAAUGGUGCAAUAUACCUGACCUCAAAAAGAGUAUGCUACGUUGACAGUGCCCAAUCUGGGCAAAAUUCGGUAGGAUUAGAGCUGGCACUGAUUGACAGUUACGACACCUAUGCUGGUUUUAUGAGGUCUUCUCCGAAGAUCACUCUUCAUCUUCACGACAAGGCAUCCGCGACAGCUUCGAACGUCAAUUCUGGGAUAGUGACGCCGGAUUCAUCAAACGUCACGGCGCAACCAACUACAUUGCCACUCACACAAUGGAUAUGUCCAAUAUGCUCCUUUUCUAACCCUUUACCUUCGCAGUACACGUCGAGCGCUUCUGCUCCUCCAUGUUUAACGUGCGGGAUCAAGCCUGCACCAGAGGUCUUGGCUAAAGCAGCAGCCCAGAGACCUGCGCCUGUGUCUUUGCCGAAUCCUGCUGAGGUUUUCAGUUCUUCCGAUGACGAUCACACAUUUGCAUGCCCUGUAUGCACCUUCCACAAUCACCCGUCGUUAACCAGCUGCGAGAUGUGCGGAAGUCCGUUGAUGUCGUCAAACUUGCCUCCAGCUCUUCGAAAUACAGCAGGCGCAGAAUCGCCUGGACCAAUGUCUUCGGGCAUCGUGAGGGCACGGUAUGUCAAGAUAAGUUUCAGGCAAGGUGGGGAACGCCAAUUUUUGGAACGACUGCGAGGUGCGCUACGGGAGCGGCGGUGGGAAGCUGCUCCGCCUAUUGGAGAUUUACAGAUUACGCCCAUACCGGAGCAACGAGGCUUUGGAAUUGGCGGGCUGCAGAGGGCUGAUGAAAGUGUGAGAAAAACUAAUGAGGUUGCAAUGGGUAACGCACUGGAGGACCUGGAUGCUUUGAUGAAGAGGGCGAAAGAGAUGGUUGCGUUGGCGGAAGCCUUUGCUCACCGACUUGCUUCGGCCCCGUCUACAACCGGUAAUACAGAGGCCAGAGCUGCAUUGCUUGAAAGUACGCAGGCGCUGGGACUUUCGUCUCCGGUGGUGACGAGGGAGAUUACUGGAGGGAACGAUGUGUACCACGCUGAAUUGGCGAAGCAAGUGGCCGAGUUUCUUGAGAGCGGUAUCUUACAGAAGGAAGGUGGUACUGUCACCUUGAUUGAUCUCUUUGCACUCUACAAUCGUGCAAGGGGUGUUGCGCUUGUGUCGCCCGCUGAUCUUGCCAAAGCGUGCACGUUAUUUGCUCAGUUGAAAUUGCCGGUACGAUUGCGUACAUUCAAAUCAGGCUUGGUGGUAGUACACGAUGCGAGCAGAAAGGACGAGACUGUCAUCCGACGACUGAAGGAAUGGAUUUCAUCUUACGAGACGGGUGCAACUUGUCAAGAAACCGCGGAGCAGUUCAAGUGGAGUGUUGGCGUAGCCUUGGAGGAGCUGGAGCUUGCUGAGGCCAGUGGCACUCUUUGUCGAGAUGAGAGCAUCGAGGGGGUCAAGUUCUGGAUCAAUGAGUUUAUCACCUUCACCUGGGACGUAGACAGCGUGAGAGGCGCUUGGGAAGCAGUAAACUCGUGA